GGAUCUCUUCACCCUGCUUUCCCACCGUCUUUUCUUCCCUUCCUCUUCUUAUCUCGUUCCAUCCCUCUGCGUCUCCAUUCGAGUUUUUUAUUAUUUUCUUAUCCUCAUAUCCAAUCGUUUCGGAAUACGAAGACGAAUCAAUCGAGAAAUUCCCUUCAAAAAAAUUCAAUCGAGAGAGAGAGGAGGAUAGGGAAAAGAGAAAGGGAAUCGGGAUGCUUAGGGUUGGAGCGAAGAGGCUGCUAGGGUUAGGCUUAGGACAUCGGGCCCCGGCCCUUCCCGGGGCCGCCGCCGGCUCCGGGGCGGCGGCUGUGGUGGUGAGGGGGUACCACGAGAGGGUGGUCGAUCACUACAAUAACCCCCGGAACGUGGGGUCCUUCGACAAGAACGACCCGAAUGUGGGGACGGGGCUCGUGGGCGCCCCGGCCUGCGGUGACGUGAUGAAGCUCCAGAUCAAGGUCGACAAGGAAUCCGGCAAGAUCGUUGACGCCUGCUUCAAGACCUUCGGCUGCGGCUCCGCCAUCGCCUCCUCCUCUGUUGCUACUGAAUGGGUAAAAGGGAAGCCAAUGGAGGAAGUACUAUCCAUCAAGAACACGGAAAUUGCAAAACAUCUCUCACUUCCACCAGUGAAACUCCACUGCAGUAUGCUCGCCGAAGAUGCUAUCAAGGCUGCCAUAAAGGAUUAUGAAGCAAAGAAAACCAGGAUGGCUCAACAAGAUUCUGAGUCUGUACCAGAUGAGAAGGCAGCUGAUGCUUAAAAGUAAAUUUGAUGUUUGAGAUUGUGUAUUAGUUAUGACAAACAGCUGGUCCUUCUGGCUGUUCCAUAAUAAGAAUGGCUGCUGAUGGGCUUGAGUCUGCCUGUAAAUCUGAAUUUAUUAUCCCGAGGAGUAUUAAGAAUGUGAACCAACUAUAAAGCUAGUUAUGGUUGCCAUUUCUGGUUACA